GGGGGAGUGCACAAGUUCCGCCUUUAAUGUGACGUAACACUCAUGCUACGGUACGCCAUUUGUGUCUACCAAGAAAAAGCGCGGACAGUGGUGAAAAUCGGAUGAUCAAAGGUGACUCAUUCAUCAUCAACUCAAGUUUUCAGUUUUAUGAUAAUCAAGCAAGACAAGAUAUAGAUCAGAAACCAAUUGAACAAGAGGGUCCUUUGGACAAAAUGCCCAAAAGGCGGCACCCAUAUGUUGUGCACACAGAUGAUGAAGCUAUGAAGCCUGAACAAAAGGAACUGGGAGCUUCUCAAUUGCCGCAAGCAGAUACUCUAAGUGAAGAUGUAAACACUCACUGCUCAGUUUGUGAUUUCUCCGCAAAAUGCCCAAGAUCGCUGAAGAUUCACUACGCAAGAAAACAUAAAAAGCGGUCAGAUGAAGCUACAAAACCUGCUGAGGACAUUCAAACCAUGUCUGAUGAUAGUCCGGGUGAAGCUCAAACAGAGACAGGCAUGGAGACAGAAACAUCUGCAGAGUCAGAUCCAGGGCCCGGGCAAUUAAUAUCAAGAUCUGCUUCUCCUGGUGAUGAUUCAGUCAAGCAGAUCACAUUCAGUCAAGAGAGAAGAGUGAGCAAACGAACCCCCAAACCCAAGAUUAUCUAUUCAUGCAACUACUGUGGACACGAGUUUCGGGACAAAUCUCCUCUUGAUGUACAUGUCCAACGAUACCACAGCAAAGACAGCCCACACUUGGUUGAUGCAGAAGAGGACAGUGAUGAAGAGAAUGAGAACACUGAAAGUGCUUUCAAGAUAAACCCUGUACAAGUGGACCCAUUGCAUACAAAGAUCACGCUCAAACUUAAAUGUGCAAACUGUGAUUUCAAGGUUUCCACAAUUCCAUUGCUGGAGAGGCACGCUCGUCUCAAGCACCCAGGCCUGGAUUGGUACCGCUGUAAAUUGUGUAAUUUCUUUUGUGCCACUUCUGAAAGGAUGGACCAACACCUGUGCUCAAAUAUUCAUAAGCAACAUAUGCUGAACAGGGAAAAUUGUGCUUCUCAUUCCUCCGCAGUUUAUGUUGAGAGGGUAGCCAAAGGAGAUGGGGGUGGUGACGGCACAGAGGGUGUAGGUCAGGGAAACAAAGAGGAACCGGAAGAUGAAACGGAAGAAGUUGUGUUAAAUAUGGAAGAUUUGGAAUCAGGGCCACCAAAACCUAAAAGAGGGCGACCUAAACAAGCAUCUUCAACCAAGUGUGGUUAUUGCGGCUUGGUUGUUUCUAAUGCUACCAACCUCGGUGUGCAUGUCCGCCGCAAACACAGUAAAGAGUAUGUUUACAAAUGUACUUUGUGCUCCUACAGCUGUGUGACCAAAGGAGACAUUGAUCGCCAUUGUAUCACAAAUAAACAUAGGAAACGUGUACAACAGUUUGAACGUGGCUCUGUAGAAACACAAUCCCAGGAACAGAUGGAAGCUUCCGAGACAAUAGACAUACAACAAGAUUCACAAGGCUCUAAAAAACACAGUGAAGAAGAUCAAACACUGUCGUCGAAACACCCAAUAGAAGGUGAAUAUGUCUCUGUUACCUGCAGUCACUGCGAAUUUACUGCUAACUCAGUCCCCUCCCUUGAGCUUCAUGUGAAACGAAAGCACACCAGAGAGUUUGAAUAUGUCUGCUUGGCAUGCAGAUAUUAUGCUGUAUCAAGUGGGGAAAUGGCUCGCCAUGCCAGCACAGAAAGACACAAGCAGAAAAGCCAAAAAUUCCAGGAACACCAAGAGAAUGGUGGCCAAAAAUCGUUGCCUACCCUGGCAGAACUCAAUGAGGUCAUUGAUCUUAGUGGUGCUACGGUUCAUCUAGCGUCUGAACCUUUAAGCUCCUCGGAUGAGCCAAAGCUAAUGUCAGAAGAAAGCCAAAAAAAUAAAGAUAGUUGUACAGUGGAAGCUACUGGCCCCAUUGAGGCUGCUAAUGUGUUAGCUGGCAAAGAAAAGGGGGAACAACCAGAGAGCGUUGUAUCUUCUGCUGGUGAUGAUCAAGGUCUAAGUAACUGUAUAAUAGGGCAAACAGCCCAGAUUGAGUAUAUGCCCCAAGCAGAAAUAAAGCAUGAGGUGGAGAAGGGUGUACAGCAAGAAAUACAAGAAAAUGAAGACAAAUGCAUGGAAAGGAAGAGCACAGAAAAAAGCUCUAGUUCCGUUCCAAGAAUCAUCUCUACUGCCCGACCAUUUGAUCCUUGCAUUGUGCUUGUAAAGGCGCUAGCUGAGCAGGGGGAGGCCUCACCGGAGGGUGCUGCUCGUGAAGGUGAGGCUGCUGUUAAAGGCUUGACAGAGGAAGCAUCAGUAACCUCUGGGGUGUUGCCCCAUUAUGUCAAAACACUUGAAAACAUGGAAAAGAGCAUCCAAACCAAAGUAAAAAACACCAGAAUUCGCUGUGAUUACUGCGGCUUUUUGGCAGAUGGACUUAGUGGCCUGAAUGUUCAUAUCUCAAUGAAGCACCCAACCAAGGAUAAACAUUUCCAUUGUAUGGUUUGUGGAAAGUCAUUCUAUACUGAGAGCAACUUCCAUCAACACCUGGCCAGCGCUUCCCACCUCCGAAAUGAACAGAACAGCAUUGAGACUGUGGACGGCGAGGCGUGCUUUAAAUGCACAAAAUGCACUGAUCGCUUUGAAACGGAGAAAGAGCUGUUUAUUCACAUCAAAGAGAAACAUGACGAGCUGGUGAGACAAGUAAACAAAUAUGUGAUAGAGGACACAGAACAGAUCAAUCGUGAGCGGGAGGAGCACCAAGGUAACAAGUGCAAGUACUGUGGCAAGGUGUGCAAGAGCAGUAACUCCAUGGCCUUCCUGGCACACAUCCGCACACACACCGGUUCAAAGCCAUUUCUAUGUAAAAUCUGCCACUUUGCAACAGCUCAGCUUGGAGAUGCCAGGAACCACGUGAAAAGGCACCUUGGCAUGAGAGAGUACAGAUGUGACAUCUGCGGAUGGGCUUUUGUGAUGAAGAAACACCUCAACACCCACCUACUUGGAAAACAUGGGAUUGGCCAACGUAAAGAAAGGAAGUUCGAGUGCAAGUUGUGCGAGCGCUCCUUUAGUGAAAAAUGGGCCCUAAACAACCACCUGAAACUGCACAGUGGGGAGAAACCGUAUAAGUGUUCCUGGCCAGCUUGCCACUACGCCUUCCUCAACCUGUCAGCCAUGAAAGACCAUUAUCGCACACACACUGGUGAAAAGACUUUCCUGUGUGACCUAUGUGGUUUUGCUGGAGGUACACGACACGCUCUCACUAAGCACAGGCGCCAGCACACAGGCGAGAGACCCUUCAAAUGCAAACUAUGCAGCUUUGCUUCUACAACACAGUCCCACCUGUCAAGACACAAUCGUGUUCACACUGGGGAGAAACCAUAUCGUUGCCCCUGGUGCGACUACAGAUCUAACUGUGCUGAGAACAUUCGGAAACACAUUCUCCACACAGGAAAACAUGAAGGAGUGAAGAUGUACAACUGUCCAAAAUGCGACUACGGCACAAACUCUCCUAUAGAGUUCCGCAACCACCUAAAGGACACCCACCCUGAUAUUGAGAAUCCAGACCUUGCUUACCUACAUGCAGGUAUCGUGUCCAAGUCUUUCGAUUGCCGUCUUAAAGGCCAGGGGGCUUCUUUUGUAGAGACAGAAGUUGUGGACCCUUCUGUGGAUAGUAAGCUCUGUGAUGAAGACUCCAUCCAGCAGGUCAUCAUCAUCCAAGGCUAUGGCGAUGGAGAUAUGGCCAUCGACCAGACGCUGGAGGAGUCUGCUGCUGCAACCCUGCAGACACUGGCCAUGGCGGGCCAGGUGGCAGAAGUGCUCCACAUCACAGAAGAUGGGCAUGUUAUCACAUCCGGUAGGGAGGUAGCAUCCGCGGGGGCUGAGCUUGCCAAAGGGAGCACCCGGUAUGUGGUGCUGUCAGGAGGAGAGGCUGCGACUGAGCUACAGGCGGUAGCUGGAGAAGCGGCAGGGGAGGCCGCCGAAAAAAGUCAUGCCGUGUCAGAGUCUUCCACAGCUUUGGAUGCUCUGCUCAGUGCUGUGAGCAAGAUGGAUCAUCAGGAGCAAAUGCACGGAGAGGUCUCGGCCGUUCACCAGGUCCCGGCCUCCGAGAUGGGUGAGCCCGUACAGAGUGAAGUGCAGUCUUUGGUCAAACCGGAGGAAGUCAAUGACCAGAAAAGUCGGGAGGACAUGCAGAACCUGCUGCAGCUGGCAGCCUCUCAGAUGAUAAAGGAAGGCCUCACCCAGGUCAUCGUCAAUGAUGAGGGCACCCACUACAUUGUUACAGAGUUGGAUGACUGCACCCUACAGGUGGAGGGAGGGGUGUAUGAGGCGGCUGAAGCAGGUGACCAAGAAGAGCAGCAGGCUGACGGCCGUGACGAUGAGGCCCUUUAAUUCAUUCCAUGCCAGCCAUUUUCAGGAAGGACUGGAGUACAAGAGGAUUACGACACAUCUUUCAAGGCACACAGAAUAUUGUCCUACCAUUAUACUGUAUAUUUUGUAAGAGGGAACUCCUUUCUGUGACCAGGAAAAAACUGAUUCUACCUUUUUUCCAUUCUUUAGUAAUCAGUUAUACAUGAUGUAUAUCAUUUUAGAUGAUCUUCUUAAAAAUUGAGAAAUUUAGCUUCUUUUUGUCGGGGGUGAAAACAUGAAACAGAGCAGUGACUUUGAUCGGAAUAAUUAUUUUACUUUUACAAUACCGCCAACAUCGCAACAGUGGUUUUGGCAAAAUACUCAUGUAUUUAGCGAUCUAUACAUGGUGAGAGUGUAAUCAUCAGAUGCAGUUGUGCUCAAUUGUGCCUGUCACAUUCAUGACACACACAUAUUUUUGCUAACCACAACACAUCAACAGCUAUUAAAGGUCCUAAUAAUUGUGACCAUGUCAGCAAUUGAAAAUGAAAAUGACUAAUGUAAUUUUACAUAUUGAAAACUAAUUUGGGACUCAAAUCUUGCUUUAUUUUACCAAUUUAGUUAUUCCAUCCAAAAUGAUGCAUCAGGAAUAUUCCGGCAAUUCUGGUUGUGAUGUCACAAAUUAGGAUCUACUUUCAUUAUUAAGCCGUUUCUGUCACUUUUUUAUAAAUUUUUGUCAAAAUUAUUGUCCGCUUUCAUUUUAACCCGCUUAGUCCUCUAAUCAUGUCGGCGUGAUCAAUCAAAUGGCAUCUUUAAAGCGCCUUAAAAAAAAAAAAAAAACUAUUGCACAUAGAACUCUACUGUCAUUAUUUCUUGAAAGGGCAGUUUCAAACCCUCUCCCAGUUUAUUAUUUGGCACCGAUAGACCAUGGAAAACUGGACAUAUGAUCAUUUUAAUUGAAUGGUAGAAAAUAAGCUCACACUCUUUGGACAGGAUUGCUGAGGCUCCUUUCGAUAUAUUUUUCCAGUUAGAAUGUUUGUGUAUUUUUUGCCCUUAUAUGGUAUCGAAUUUAAAAAAUUGUCCUGAUGAAAAUAUACUAAGCUAGAUACCUAGAGCAUGUUAAACAUUUUUACAUGGUAUAUUGAGACAAACUAUACGUUACAGCAGUGCUUCUCAAUUAUUUUCCUGUUACGCCCCCCCCAAGCAAGACGUAAAUGUUUCGCGCCCCCCCCAAACUCUCCGCCACCACUGUAAAUAGUAUUAUUCGUCUAUAAAAUUACUAUUAUAAAUACGCAUCUGCCUAACAUUGUGUCCUUUUUUUCUAAUAAAGAAAAAAAGUAACAGAUCAACUUAUAAUAAAGUAUAACUUUAUUAACAUUGUUUUUGUUUGUAACAGAGAAGACUUGACGUGCAUCAAUUUGCCUGAAUUUAAAAAAAAAAAAGUCACAUUCAAACUGUAAAAAUACACUCAAUGUAUUUUUGACCAUUUGAUACAGAAAAAUAAAAUGUAAUAAAAUCCGUAAAUAAUAACAAAUUCAAAUUGAUUAGAAACAUUUACUCAUGAGGACAAUACGCCAAAAAAUUUGACCGAAAAAACAAAAAUGAAUAAAGGAAAAAAAGAGUGUCCUUGGACAGAAGGACAGUUUUUAUUUUUGCUGCUCACACUCAGUAUUACCUCCUUUGCAAUGGUGUGGAGUCAUUUUGCAAUGAGCAUGCUAACAAUGCUCACUGGUUUACUGAUAUAACACUGACAAAGCAGGACUAUUGUUGGCAAUAUUCGGCACGUUUUCGCUGAAAAACAAUCAAGCGGCUUAUCAAUGAGAUUGGGGACGAAUGUCUUUAAGUGGCGUCUUAAUUGAUUUGGCUUCUGGCAGUCCGCUAUAAUUAUUUUCAGACACAGUAAACAGUAGUCUUUCCUCAUCACCCCACUGUAUUAAAAGUCAAAGCUAAAAGGCAAACGGCACGAAAAAAGCGCAUUCUCGGCGGCCGAGGUAGAACCGUAGGUGAGGGCAGUCGUCGUGACGAUCCCAAGCCGAAAAUGGCACUUCUCGGUCGGCGACGUGAGAACCGGACAAGACAGUGGGUCGCUGCGUGAGUGAGUCCGGUCGGAAAACGGCUUUCGAAAACGGCGGCGGCGCACUGCUCUUCAUAUCUGUUUUCUGUGUGCUGAGUGCUCUUCCUUAGUUCAGAAAUACUGCACGCACUCUGAAAAUGAGAGCGCCACUGCCACCCACUGAGUGGAUGUGCAAGUACACUUUAUUCCAGUCCGGCAAAAAAAAAAAAAGAAAAAGCAUGUUCCCCGAGGACACAUGCGCCCCACCUGGCAUCGCUCUGCGCCCACCACUAUUUGAGAAGUACUGCGUUACAGUGAUACCUCUCCGUACGAAAUUAGUUAGUUUCUGGAAGGUUUCUCAACUUAAAAAUUCUGUAAGUAGAAACGUGUUUUCCAUUUAAAUGCCCUAAUCCGUUCCAAGCCCCGCAAAAUUCAGAUAUAAAUAUUUUAGAAUACAUAAAAAUGCAUCAAAACAUGUAACAAAUGCAUCAACAAAUGCGUGAUUAUUGCACAAUAAACAUAAAAUCAGAGUUGUGAAUAAUGUAAAAAACCAAGGAUAGGGUAUAAUAAAUCACUCAUGUAAAUCUGUCGGAACAUGAGGGGCGAAUUAAGAGGAUGCUGGAAUACACACAUACACAUACAGUAAAGGUGUCUCUUAGCCAAUUGGAUGCCAGGAAUGCUAGGCAAUAGCCAGUGGCAGAGCAGCUAUAAGUAUGUUACGUUCAGUAAACUGUGGGAGCUGCGAGUACCAGCCAUACUGUAUUUUUGCCUUUUGAAUCCUGAAAUUUCUUUUGUAACAAGAAGCAAUAUUUUCCCAUUGAAGCGUGUCUUAACCUGAGAAUUCUGUAUGUCGAGACGUUCGUAAGUAGAGGUACCACUGUAUUUAAAGUAAAACGGCCAAAAAAGGAUUAGGAUCUUAAGGGUUAAAGUCACUUGACAGUAUUUAUUAGCAUCUUCCAAGUUUGGAAAAACAAACACAAAAGAAAGGUGGUCGGCUGCCCUCUGCUGGCAGAUUCCGUUUAUUCAACAUAUGUAAAAACAAAGGAAUCUUACCACUGCUUUAUCACCCAGUUAUGUACUAAACCCUGUGGAAAAGCCAUAUAAAUUUGGGGACUCGUCAAAGAUUGAAUUAGUUAAUUACAAGAGCACCAUAUAACCACUGUUGUUAAUAACAGCAAACGCGUUGAUGUCUGGAUAGGUGGCUCGGAGCGUUAGCAUAGCAUUUGCGUUCACCUUAGCAUUAGCAUUUAGCGUGGCGGGCGUAAUCUUAAACUCUCAGGCAACUUUUUUUUUGUUGACAUACAGUUCGUGGCGUCCAAGUGGGUACAAUUCAUUGAAAAUAAUUUACUGUUUUCCUGCUGAAUGAGCAUUAUCAUCAUCAAGUUGGCAUAUUUGUAGAUGCUACAAUAUUUAUACUUUUUUUUUAAUAAACAAAAUUAGUCACUUGCACCAAACUUUUCCUGAAUGACAUAUCCAUGAACCUUGCGAGAUGUUUUUUAAUUAAAACAACUACAGCAAAGGCAGAUGAUUCAGGGCCUUACCUGCAUAUUGAAAAUGAUAGCUAUAUAUAUUACGGUGUGACGAGACACACACGUCACGGUUCAGUAUGUACCUCGCUACGGGGGUCACGGUUCGGUACGGGUUCAGUACACCAGGAAAAAUAAAAAGGAUUUUUUAUCUUAACAUUUUGUAUAACGUCACAUCCUUAUAUCAGUGAAAUUGGAAAAGAAAUGUUGAAAGAGUGACAUACCUUUUUUGGAGGGGGGUGAAAAUAUCAGUUCAAUCAGUUGAUAUAAACAUCUUUUACAUGACAGAUGUUAUAAAAUGUAUAAUGUAAUAACGUGUAGAACGAAUGAAAAGUAACGUCGGUUACUUUGCUGAGUAAAUAAUUACUCUUACAAUUAGGUAACUGAGUUACGCAAUUUUUGGGAGAAGUAAUUUGUAAUGGUAACUAAUUACUUUUUUUUUAAAGUAAAAUUAACAAUGCAUACAACAAUAUAGGAAAGAGGAUUGUGUGAAUAAUGAGAUGAAUUUGAGUUGUUUGACACCACGUAGAUUAUGCUUAAUUAAUGCCAUGCCAUGAUUCUGAAAGAUUGUUUUGCCUUUACUAUGACAAAUUGUAACUUCUUCACUUAUCAAUUAGGUGUCAAUGUGUUGUCUGCACGAAAGUGUUGCAGUGGAUGUAUUGUUUUUCCCCCUCCAUUAUCUUUAUUUUUUUCUUUUUUAACAAAUCUUAAAGCCCUCUAUCCUUUCCAGUUAUUAGCAUAUGAUUAGCUACAAAGCACAGUUUUGCAUAGUUUGAAAGCACAUCUUGUAGUUGGUUUAUGCUUCACUGCGGCUACAUUAUGCAGACUGUUUGAAUGCUAUUUGCUUAUUUGCGAGCUCGCUGUAUUCUAGAUUCAUUUUCAUUUCUAACAAUAAAGAUUGAAGCCAAUUUUAACAAGUGCAU